CCCUGUCGUCGCGACAGCUCAAUGUAUUCUGCAUCACCCACAAAUCCUGCCUUACGCUCCUUGAGACUUUGAUUGCUCCCGUUUGCAGCUUCAGGAGGACGACAAUCCGCGAUCACCAGCAGCAAACGAAAACCUCUACGACUGGUCACGUCCUCGGUCUUCUUCCCAUCUGCUUCCUCAUAACAGUCUCCUUUCGCAGGUUGAAGCAGUACAAGAGCAUCCUCAAAAAAAAAAUGUCCCUUGUCCACCUGGCAAAUACCUGCUCGCAUCUCCAGAAUGCCUCACGCGCUCGACUCGGGCUGACUUCCAUCCCGGACACAAAAUUUCACCUGAAGCUGAUGCUCGCACUGCAAAACUCGGGCUUCGUAUCAACCGUCGUGCGUGGAGGCCCAACACCACCCCCAGCACACAACCUACUAUCACAUCCUUCGUCGUCCGACCCAUCACACCCUAUUGACCCCGUCACGCGACAUAACGUCGCCUCCCGUCGCCUCUGGCUCGGCCUCAAAUACUGGAACUCGGAACCUGUAAUCGAGAAGAUGGAGCUCGUCUCCAAACCGACGAGGCGGAUAUGGAUGGAUGUGGCAGGCUUGAGGAAGCUUGUGUUGGGUCAGAAGAGUGGAUAUGUCAAGGGGAUGACACGCCCGGGCGAGUGCAUGUAUGUCAGUACGGACAUUGGGAUUCUGGAGGCAAGAGAGUGUGUGGAACGGAAGGUCGGGGGCAUGCUGAUCUGUCGGGUACGAUAACCAAGGCAGAAGAAUCAAAACGGUGUAGGGUGACGAUUGGGAAGAGUUGGGUGCCGGGGAUGAGUACGAUCACUUACGGGGUUCAGGCAUCGGGGCAGCAUUCAGGCCAUGGAGCUCUGUCCCCGUCAGCGCUGGAAAAGCAACUGCGCCGCCGCCAGACUCUCGGGCAAACCACCACUAUCCUCACCCGGCGCUUUGAGAAGACGUGUUCAACAUCGCCAAGGGUCAACAGAGCAGUGGGCCCUCGGGGAGAACGGCACUCUCCUUAGGAUCGGAGAGCUACGAGGUCGAGGUUGACGUGCUAAUGGAAGGACGAAGACGCCUCGGAGUUCGAACGAGCUUCGGUGGGAGACAACAGCAGAGACCGGCGCCGAGUAUCCAUUCUCGUGUUUCUUCGACCGUCUCCGCGAAUACGGGAUUGGAAUUCAAGAGGACAGACCCAAGGGAAAAGUCCGUCCUGCUAAAAGUCCCAAAAGCCUCGACGACAUCCACGAGUCUGAGCGGCCAUUGUAUAUCAACGGAAUCAAAGCUCAUCCAUCCGAAGACGACGGCCAACCAACAUUUGGGCACGCACGUACGCGCGCACGCAGUCUCUCCCUCUCCUGGCUCUCAUACUCAUGUUCAUGCUCAUGCUCAUGCUCAUGC